UUACGAGUGGCAGCAUCGUACGCACCUCAUACUACUUAGGUACCAUUCAUAAGCGUUUGAAGUUAAUAUUAUCAAUGAAAGAUCAAGUUAUCUAAAUUGUACUUAUUUUCUAUUUUUCUAUAUGACAUACGAGAAAAAAUUUUCUAUAAUUUUAAUUAAUUUCUCUUGAUAAUUUCCAAAUUUAAAACAUUACUGGUAUAUGAAUACAAGAGCGAGAUAGACAAUUUAGGGUCCAUUGUCGAAAAUGGCUUUACUCGCGAGGAACAUCUGCAAAGUAUUUUCACAGACUGCUCAAAAAGGAGCUGUCAGGUCUAUUCAUGUUGGUGCAAUUCGUCUACAAGAGUCUACUAUUGAGCAAGAGGGAAAUGUAAAAUGUACGCUUAUACCAGGAGAUGGUGUUGGACCAGAAUUGGUAGUUUCUGUUCAAAGUGUUUUCAAAGCUGCAAAUGUACCAGUUGAAUUUGAACCUUACUUUCUCUCAGAGGUAAACCCAACUCUAAGUGCACCACUUGAACAAGUAUCAAACAGUAUUGCAAGAAAUCAAGUAUGCUUAAAGGGUAUUUUAGCAACACCAGACCAUUCUCUCACUGGAGAGCUUCAAACAUUGAACAUGAAAUUACGUAAAAGUCUAGAUUUAUAUUCAAAUGUUGUUCAUGUGAAAUCUUUACCUGGUGUUAAAUGCCGUCACAAAAAUGUAGAUUGUAUUAUUAUUAGAGAACAGACAGAGGGAGAAUAUUCUGCAUUAGAGCAUGAAUCAGUGAAAGGGGUAGUAGAAUGUUUAAAAAUAGUAACUGCUGCUAAAAGUCAAAGGAUUGCAAAGUUUGCAUUUGAUUAUGCAGUGAAACAUAAUCGUAAGAAAGUUACUUGUGUUCAUAAAGCCAACAUUAUGAAACUUGGUGAUGGUCUUUUCCUAAAAUCAUGCCAAGAAAUUGCUAAGAUGUAUCCUAGAAUCACAUUUGAAACAAUGAUUGUGGAUAAUUGUACAAUGCAAAUGGUGUCCAAUCCACAUCAAUUUGAUGUAAUGGUAUUACCGAAUUUAUAUGGUAAUAUUGUGGACAAUUUGGCAUCUGGACUGGUUGGUGGUGCUGGUGUGGUUGCAGGUGCUAGUUAUAGUCCCGAGUGUGUUGUCUUUGAACCAGGUGCAAGACAUACAUAUUCAGAAGCUGUUGGUAAAAAUGUUGCAAACCCUACUGCCAUGCUUUUGUGUGCUGUCAAACUUUUGCGUCAUGUAAAUUUGAAACGUUAUAGUGAGCAAAUUAAGGAUGCAUUAAAUCGUGUUCUAAAUGAUGGAAAAGUAUUAACUAAAGAUCUGGGUGGACAAAGUUCUACAACAGAAUUUACAACUGCUGUAAUACACUGCCUUCGUUAAUUUUGAGUCUGUAUUAACUUUGAAAAGACUUACAUAUGUAAUAUAGAACAA